CAGUGAUUGACUUGCGUUUGUCGACCAGGAAAUUAGCGGUUAGGUGACUCAGAAUAUCACUCUAUAGCUCAGUAAUAUCAUUUCUCAGCAGCAGUGGUGUCGUCCAAAGUACGAAGCAGAAAAAGAGAAGUGUAUUCGAACUAAUAUAUUGACAACCAAAACUUUUAAGGUGAGUUUACAUAUUUCCAAAAACAUCUCCCGUUAGCUAGCGAAGCUAAUUUAGCUAGCUAAUAUAAUUGAAAUCGAAUGUAAAUCAUGAAUAAGGGCUAAUAGCUAGCUACCUAUCUAACUGUUAGCGAAGCAAGGUUGUGAUUGGUUAAACCAAGUUAGUGUUCACCAGCGAUGUGUUAGUCGAGAUUAGAUGAACAAAGAAAGUGUUGUCUUGAUACAUUGAUUAAGCUAGCUAACUGUCUAACCUAACUAGCUAGCUACUACUAAUUAUCGCUUAUCGUUUAGCAACAACUUCGUUUUCUUAGCUGAUUAAAUCCUAUAGUUUAGCUAGUAUAUAACGUGAACAGUUAGUUAACUAACUAAACACGUUUGCUAACUAAGUAGUUAAUAUAUGUACCGUCCAAUGGUGUCAUUGUUAGUCAUAGUAAGUAAGGCUAUUAAAGUUAGCCUAGCCAGUGAAGUAGCUAACUAGCUAGCUAACGUUAACUGUCGUUGUUUACAGCUGUUUAACUCAAUGUUUGAAAUCCCUGACUCAUGAUAUUAUCUGCUUUCUUGACACAUUCUGGAGAAUGUAAAAUGUCACACUAGAGAUCUGUGUAGAGCUAUCAACUGUAACCUAGCUUCAGGGCCAUAGAUUUAAAGUUAGAGAGUUAGGCAAACUUUUAGAAUGUUGAAUAUUGUUCAACAUUCUAGACAUUCAGUUACAUAGCAUUGUUGAAAUAUUCCCCAUGUAAUGUUGAUGGGGAGCUAACAUGGCUGGCAUAGAAUGUUGAAAUGUAUCAUCCAGAAACCACAUUGGUCCAACUCUCUAAAUAUCCAUAUAAUUUAUUACAGGUGUCUAACUAGAACUAGCUGUAACCAGGCUUAGGAAAAUGUGGUUAAUAGGUUAAUGUUUGGCACAAUAUCAACCUUCUGUUUUAGAAUCGUAUAGUGUGGGUGAACCUCUAGACACUGAUCAGCACUGAAACGGGUUCAUUAAUAUGUUUAUAGUAUUGUGCAGUAGGACUUCGAAGGAGAAGAUUCUGAAUGGGCAGCUAGGCCUAUAUCUUUAAAAACUUGGUAUAUACUGGUUGAAAAAGAGGAGGGUGAGUGCUGCCAUAGUGGUGCGCUGGACAUAAAAAAGUACAUACAUAAGUUAUAACAGACCUUGUGAUCAUUGUCAUAGUUUUCCUCCUCCCCCACCAUCCCUGCUCUCUGGCCAUGAUUACCACAGCCCCCUUUCUCAACCAUGUCAAUAGACCAGAAUACGUUGCCAAGGGGAUAACAUUCCUCAUGUAUCUAGCUAAUUCGUUCAGGCUCAAGGAAGUGCUGAAGUUUGCCCCUCUGUAGCUGCUGCUGGACAUGUCGGGGUAGUGGCUAGACCAAAACCCAGUUUACAAAAAUGGACGUUAGUAUUUCCUACAGAGCGACUGAAGUUGCAUUUCUCAGGAUAUUCUUGUCAGAAGCACAUUGUGCAAGACACACAUCUUGUGUCCCUAUUUGAGUCUUAAAGUUAAUAUAUUCUUGCUAAGGAAUUCCACCCAACUCAGUCCUAAAAGAAAACUUGUAGUUCCUAGUUGAGGACGAAAAUAAGGUUAUUUUCCAAGCUUACCCGGGAAUAACCCAGCCCAUGUUUCUGAAUGGUGAAUGAGAUAAAAGGAACAGUUUAAAUGAAAACCUGGAAAGUGCCUUGGUGCUCAAUGACAUAAUGGAGUGUUUGUCUCCCUGGUCUGUGAAUGGGAUGCGUAGUCUGGGCCUGAGCGGGAAAUUCCUCAGUAAUGUGAUUGUGGUCGGCAUGUUUAGCUUGGCUCUGGGAUUGUGCAGAAUGUUCACAUUAUUAUGCUUAUUUUUAUCCGUAUUACUGUGUAGUAGUGUCAACUUGUUAGUAGGGUUAUGUUUUUUCACAAGUGUGUGGUUGUCUUGUAUGUUGGUCUUUUAGCGGAACAAGGAUUUGGUUGUAUUCAGGAUUUGGUUCUAUUCAUUUGGCAGUAUUAUGCAUUUAGGAGUAAGUGUAAUUUUCAUCAAUGUUGUGGGAUAGGGUUUAUACAUGUGUAGAAGUGUUUUUCCUUCUAAGUAAGCUGUGUGUUGUAUAGUUCAUUUAGUCGUGUGUUCUGUAGUGUUUUUCAUUGCCUACCUCUAAGUUCCUAUUUCCUGUUCCUAGCGUACAGCAGAUCUUGUGAUCUUUUCACAAAAUAUGGUGUCACUGUCAGUAAUAGAGAAGUGACAAAGGAACAGCACUUCUUGGACUUUUCCUUUCUCAACCAUAUUCUAAAGAAUAAGUUGUUGUGGGUCACCAACUUAUAAACCUAUUAUUGACAGUGAUUGAUUCUGAUCUUGUACUGGAAAUGUGAGCAUACCAGUUCAUGUCUUCCUGGAAUGACCCCCGUAUGGCUCAGGUGACGUCAUAACCAUCGGUCCUAAACUCCACCUGUGAAUUCAAUGUACGCAUACACCAACACCAUCAGAAAAGCACAAUGGUGAAAGCCCUUGUCCUUAAAGGCAAGGUGUGUAUGUUUAAGUUGCAUAAUGAUUAGUCAUUCAUAAGUGACAGGGCUCACACUCUUGGGCAUGGUAUCUACUGUAUCAGGUUUCGUUGAGUUUCUGCUACGCCCUGUGCUACAGCUGAUCUCUAUUUACUCUGUAUAAUGAAAGUGUGUACUCUGUCGUGAUUAACUGUCAUUCCCUCUCCCUCCCUCUUUCUCUGUUUCAUGUCCUACAUUUCCUUCUCUUUCUCUGUUUCAUGUCCUACCUUUCCUCUUUCUAUGUUUCAUGUCCUACCUUUCCUUCUCUUUCUGUUUCAUGUCCUACCUUUCCUUCUCUUUCUGUUUCAUGUCCUACCUUUCCUUUCCUUUCCUUCUCUUUCUAUGUUUCAUGGUCCUACUUUCCUUCUCUUUCUAUGUUUCAUGUCCUACCUUUCCUUCUCUUUCUAUGUUUCAUGUCCUACCUUUCCUUCUCUUUCUAUGUUUCAUGUCCUACCUUUCCUUCUCUUUCUAUGUUUCAUGUCCUACCUUUCCUUCUCUUUCUAUGUUUCAUGUCCUACCUUUCCUUCUCUUUCUAUUUCAUGUCCUACCGUUCCUUCUCUUUCUAUGUUUCAUGUCCCCUACCGUCCGUCUCUUUCUGAUGUUUCAUGUCCUAACCCGUGCCUUUCUCUUUCGAUGUUUCAUGCCCUAACCGUUCCUUCUCUUUCUAUGUUUCAUGUCCUACCUUUCCUUCUCUUUCUAUGUUUCAUGUCCUACCUUUCCUUCUCUUUCUCUGUUUCAUGUCAUUUACAUUUACAUUUUAGUCAUUUAGCAGACGCUCUUAUCCAGAGCGACUUACAGGAGCAAUUAGGGUUAAGUGCCUUGCUCAAGGGCACAUUUACGUCAUUUAGCAGACGCUCUUAUCCAGCUUCCGCAGAGGAAGGGGAGCCAGCAGGCCAGAGGUGGAUGAACGCAAUGCCCUCGUUUGGGUGUAGGGACUGAUCAGAGCCUGAAGGUACGGAGGUGCCGUUCCCCUCACUGCUCCAUAGGCAAGCACCAUGAGGAGGGGGGUGACGUGAGAGAACUUGGGAAGGUUGAACACCAGACGGGCUGCGGCAUUCUGGAUGAGUUGUAGGGGUUUAAUGGCACAGGCAGGGAGCCCAGCCAACAGCGAGUUGCAGUAAUCCAGACGGGAGAUGACAAGUGCCUGGAUUAGGACCUGUGCCGCUUCCUGUGUAAGGCAGGGUCGUACUCUCCGAAUGUUGUAGAGCAUGAACCUGCAGGAUCGGGUCACCGCCUUGAUGUUAGCGGAGAACGACAGGGUGAUGUCCUACCUUUCCUUCUCUUUCUCUGUUUCAUGUCCUACCUUUCCUUCUCUUUCUGUUUCAUGUCCUACCUUUCCUUCUCUUUCUCUGUUUCAUGUCCUACCUUUCCGUCUCUUUCUCUGUUUCAUGUCCUACCUUUCCUUCUCUUUCUCUGUUUCAUGUCCUACCUUUCCUUCUCUUUCUAUGUUUCAUGUCCUACCUUUCCUUCUCUUUCUGUUUCAUGUCCUACCUUUCCUUCUCUUUCUGUUUCAUGUCCUCCCUUUCUUUCUAAUGAGUGUAAUAUAAGUGAGCCCUUAGUUGCUUAUUACCUCUGGCUGUACCACUUCCAGUAAAAGGGAAUUUGCACUGUCAUCCUGUUUGUCUCUUGCUAUUCAAUUAGGCCUAGAUCCAUUAGUUUUGCUCUGUCUUCCUCAGCCAUAUGAUGAUAGUUUCCCAUGAUCACUUCUGUGCUUUUGUUUACCAGCUUUGAGAGCGCAAGUACUUGUCUGUAUUUACCCUCAGUACGUUGCACCACAGAUCAAAUCAGGCCUGUCACAUACCAGGCAGAUGCCACAACAAGCUUCCUCAUAUUUUUCAGUGUUUGCUAAUAGGUUUCAGUUUAACUUUCUUGGUUUUAGUACAGUUGCUAGCAACUUUUUUUUUUAUGUCCGUCGGUGUUUUCUUCUUGAUAGUAGACGACCGGAUAUCAAAAGUGGCUCAUUGAGAUAUUUUGGCUGUGUGCUCGUUCAGUGGCUGGGGACAAGGCAGAAAGCAGGUUGAGGCUGCAUAACAUGUUUUAUAACCAAUGAAGUGCCUGGGGGAUGGCUGUGUGUGAACGAUGACACAUUCUGCCUGCUGUGUAUGUUUUGACUGUUAGCUUAAGCCUUAGUCUAUAGGCUACAGUCAGUUUCUAAAUGGUUAGUUCUAGAACUAGCUCAGCCUAUGUGGAUAAUAAGGGUUCCUCUGACUUGUUUGUUUGGUCUUGUAGGGUGUGAGGUUUCUGACCACCCACCCACUCCUUAGCCUACAUCACAUAUUUCUGUUGCCAUUAGCUACCUUUCUCUCUCUUUUUCGUCUCCCAAUAAUGAAACGAUGAGCAAUGAUGAAGGAAGGGGGCUUGAUGUGCAGAAACGGAUCAUGGUGGAUUAGUGGUGAAACACUUAAUUGAAAAACAGGAAUGUCAUUAAGAGCAUUAUGGUUCUGGAGUCUCAAUGCCAUGCCAUGUCUGUCACACUGUCAUAGCUGAUUAUGGUCACGGUCUAUCGACAGACAGACCAACUGCUGUGUACUCCAACCAGCUGUCUGUGUGGUCGAAACUCCAUCAUUCCCCCUCUUUGGACCUGUCCUCACCCUCAGUUUCAGCUAGUGAUUCUCAUCAAAGGUUAGCAGUUGAUGGGUGAGAUCUCCUUUGUAUUAAUGCAGAUUUUACUCCUCGCAUGCCAACUCUUAAACGGUUUAUUUUGUUUUUAUCCCCCACAGAAUGUCGCUGUAUCCAUCCCUCGAGGACCUUAAGGUGGACAAGGUCAUGAAAGUAAGACAAACCCAGUAGCGGACAGAAUAUUCAACCAUUUUGAAGUAGGCUACUCAGAGCUCCUCUCGGCUGAUCAAGUACUCUUCCUGAUAACAAUGAAGCUAGAGGGAGGCUAAAACCAAAAUAAACAUUUCAAUGAAAUUGGCCUUGCUCUUUGUUAAGAGUGUAAGAAAAAUUUGAGCAGUACUCUGAAGCUUACGCCAUAGUGUUCUAGGGUCCAUUACACUCUCUAGUAACAUUUUGUCUUCUAAAUAAAUGUUGUAAUGCAUAUCAGUCCAGCUGCAUAUUAUUGUAAGGUGUGACAACCUUUUUCCCUUUCCUGUUUUUUCCCUUCCAAUAAGAAUGAGGUGGCUGUUCUUACACAUAUUUGUACUUAUUUGCAUGUGCUAGCUUAAUGAUAUUGUGUAUAUAGGCGGGGGAGAAGUCCUCUUAUACUAUAGGAGUCGUAUUGAGUUUCAGUAUGGCAACUUAAUACACUGCUCUACUGUCUUUCUCCCUAGGCCCAAGCCCAAUUUGCCCAUACCACUGCUACCCCAGCUAUUGCUGAGGGGACCUACCCAACCAUCACUGAGGGGACCUACCAGCCACAGGCUGCUGGGCUGGGGAUGCCAUCAACAAGUAGGUCCCUGGGUCUGUGAGGCCUUUACCAAGAUCACAUACCAUAUUUUAUAGAUUCCCUGUUUGUUGCCCACUUCCAGACCAGGACCCAUAUUCACCAAGCAUCUCAGAGUAGGAGUGCUUAUUUAGGAUCUGUUUUGUCUUUUAAAUCAUAAUAAGAGAGGGGACCGGAUUCUAGAUCAGCACUCUGACAUGCUUUGUGAACACAGGCCCUGAUCUCUCACUCUCUCCCUCUCCAACUUUGUCUCUUCUCAGUCUAUUCUUAGAUGGGAAAGGCCUGCCUGCUCUAUCGUGUGCUGUGGUAUUGAGGGGAGAUAAAUACAUGCGUAGAGAGAGGAUGGGAGUGAGUGGGGGUAUGGGCUCUUAGGCAUACCAGGGGAGUGAAUGUCAUUUCCCUCAGCUCAGCCUCAGCUCCUACUCAGUGGCUCUCACUCUCCUCUCAGCCUCAGGGUCUUUCUUUGAGUGAGGGUGAAAUGGGCAGGGAGACUGCAGUGAGCAGUCCCUCAAUGCAGGGAGUCCAAUGGAGGGAGGGAGGAUGCAGAGGUACAAGAUAAAAGGAAGGUAGAAGAUGGACAGGGGGCCCAGGGGAGGAAAAUAUGUGGUUUUCUGCUCUUUCUCACUCGUUCUCCUCUUUCACUCUUGCUCUCUCUGUCUCACUCUCUCCGGUUCUCUCUCAGGAUGGGAUGUCCUCUGGGCUUUUGUUUUCUUCCAGUGGAGCUAGCUUAGGGUUGCCAUGGAGAAGGCUGGCCUGGCAGCAGGGCUGAGGAUGGGGGAUGGGAGUUUUUUCCUCAGGCCUGAAGGGGACAGACCGGAAAGGAGGUGAAGGAAAUGGCCCUGACAUCAUCACUAGACUAUACAGCCCAAACACAGCUCCCACUCCUGCCCUCUUCCCUCCCCCUUCUUCUCUCCCCCUCUUCCCCAGCUACCCUCCUUUCCUCACUUCCUCCUGUCAUUCUUCAUGUCUCAUCUCUGCAUCCCUUCUUGUUCCUCUCCCUUCAUUUCCUCAUAUCCCUCUUUCAGCCUUCAUAUCCUUUCUUCUUUUUUUUUUAUAUAUUCCUUCUCUUAAUUCUUCUUCUUACCAUCUCUCAAAUAUCCCUCUGUCUGAUUCCCUGUAUUUAGCCUCUUAUAGUUUAGUUAUUUGUGGUAGUAAAUUAUGCAUACUUACGGAUGUUACUACAGUUCUGGUAAAGCAGUGUUGAGGUCAGGAUUAGCCCUGGUGAUCCACAGAGGCCAGUGUUGCGGUCAGGAGAAAGUGAAAGAGUGACACUGAGACAGUAUUUAAUCCCUGGGGUUGGCAGAACGCUGCAGCUCUGGGAGGUAUAACAGAUUAUACCAGGCAAAAGUGUGUUUAUAUCCUCUAUUAGCGGAGUGGGAUUGCAUGUAUGUGUGAGUUACAUUAGUAACUGAGUAUGCAUGUUAACCAAGCCAAUGCAUAGACUGAGCAGUGUGGGUGGGUUGGUGUUAUAGUUUUUACUGGGUGGAAGAGGUUCUAAUGAUGCGUGUAGGUGGUGGUUGGGUGAAUCACUGUCUGCAAAUCCUUCUCACAUACAGCAUCUGUGGUCCGUGUGGGUGGUGUUCUCUGUGUGUCAAUCAUGUGUAUUCGUUUGCUUGAACCAAAAAUAGUGCCCUAUAGCCUGUAUGACUUUUAUGUUUAUUGCUUGUGUACUGUUUGACUGUCUCUGUCUUAUCAUAUCAGUCUACCAUGUCUUUGCAUCUAUCUGUGUACCUUUGUAUGCAUGUGUCCUUUUCCUUUCCACCCUUCCCACUGUGCUCCGAGUGUGGGUGUGACAUAGCACAGGUCUCCUGUUCACUGGGCAUGUGCAAUACUCUGAGGGCAAGAGCCAAAACAUGUUGGUUUUACUUAAUAAAUAAGAUUUUUAUUGACUUCCAUUGUCCUCCGAGAGUUGCUGAAUCUCCUCAAGGUUUUCUCCUCAAGUCAUGCACCUUGUUUGGAGAGUGAGGUAGCGGCAGUGCUCCCUUCCCUUUGUACUGUGAGGGCACUCCAGCCCAGCCUCCUCCUGCCAGAGAAGUGGAACAUGGAAACAUGGCCUUUUCUCUCAGAGCUAGGAAGAGAGGGAGUCAUGUCAGGAAACGAUAACUGUGCUAAAGCACAGCAGCCAGGUUAGCAGCAUUCCUCCUGAGCAGAGCAGAGCAGUUCAAGACUAACCCUGCUCUAAUGGUCAGUGUGACUGUGAAUAGAACCCAUGAUGUACUCCCCUGGACCCCACCCAUCACAAUGUAUGGGAAUUCAAUGUGUCUUAUUACUUAUUGUGUAAAUAUUGUAACACACACCGACUGAAGAGACUUACAGUAAUGUGGGAGUGUCAGUAUUGUUAUGUUCUGAUUUGUUGACUCUUCUGAAUGCUGCAUGUUUAUUUUAAGGGGAUAGUUAAUGCAAAAUGUAUGUUUGGGUCAAAUUCCCCUUACCUUGAGUUGUCUGAAGGCCCAUAGUGACUGAAUCCACAAUAAUCCAUUGUUUACUUUUGCCUCAGCCAGGAGUCAUAAUUAGUAUCGUCCAAAUUCAUCAUUGUAUUAAUGUGUUGUUCUCUUCUAGCCCUGUACCCUAACCUGGAGGAUCUGGGAGAGUACAUGGGCCUGAGCCUCAACAGUGAUGAGGUGCAGAGGAACAUGGCCCUGGUGCCCAUGGCAGACAAUGUAAGUAUUGUGGGUGGUGUUAAUCCACCAAGCACUAUGAGAGAGAGCCUACCUCUUGUUGUUGGUGUAUGUCAGAUGGUGUCCCUGUGCAUUUGUGUGAAGGAUGUCAGUCGUGAUCUCAGUCAGAGGUGUUUUCUCCUGGGGGAUAAGAGGAGGAGUCUGUGGAUGACUGAAUAUUAUGUAAGGUCUAUUUUUACUGUGUGAUAUUGCUUCUAUCUAUCUGAUGCUUAGAUGUCAGACAGCAGACCCCAGUGCAAUCAGGCCAGCUAACAACACAUCCUGUUUGUCUCUAGUGAAGACCACACAGCCCUGACUGAAGCUUCCUCUGCCUCACAGAAUAGGUUGCAUUCAAAAGGGUAUUCUGAAGUGCAGCUAGUAAUUCAGCGGAUGUAGCUAGUGAAUGCAAACCACAAGGCUUCAACAAGAGAUAUACUCGAGCGUGUUUUGGUACGAUUUCCUCAUCUCUCCAUUCGUACAUAUCUUGUCAAGCGUGGUACAAGAAUGAGACAUGGAGCCUAGUUUUUUUGGGGGGGGAGGCAGGAGGGACAGUGGUUUUGGAGGAGCUAUGAGGCUGAGUCAAAGAAGACUCUUUAGAAACCAAAGUGCCGUAUAGCACUGUGUUCCUAGACUGCUACUGACUCACUCACCAGCAGCCUGGAGUGUGAGUGAGUGUAUGUGAGGCCUCUGCUCCCCCUCAGUGUGUAGGCCAGUGUGUAUGGGUGAGCUCUCAUACUGCCCUGUAUCAUGUCCACUCACAUUUAGUUAUCUCAUUCACUUUAGAACACCAAAAUGAAGAUUCAAGAAAAUGCCAAAUAAACAACGCAGAUUCUAACAUAGGAGUGAGAAAUAAAAAGCAAUGUCAAAAGCACGUCUUAUCUUCUUUAAGUUCUCGGGGCCUAAGCCUCCUGGCUUAGCAAGUGGAAGUUUUCCAGGUGAUGCUGGGAAUUUAAUCUACACUAAACAAAAAUAUAAAAGCAACAUGUAAAGUGUUGGUCCCAUGUUUCAUGAGCUGAAAUAAAAGAUCCCCAAAAUCUUCCAUACGCGCACAACUUAUUUCUCUCAAAGUUUGUGCACAAAAUCUACAUUUUAGUUUACAUCCCUGUUAGUGAGCAUUUCUCCUUUGCCAAGAUAAUCCAUCCACCUGACAGGUGUGGCAUAUCAAGAAGUAGAUUAAACUGCACGAUCAUAACACAGGUGCACCUUGUGCUGGGGACAAUAAAAGGCCACCUUAAAAUGUGCAGUUUUGUCACACAACACAAUGCCAUAGAUAUCUCAAGUUUUGAGGGAGCGUGCAAUUUGUAUGCUGAAUGCAGGAAUGGCCACCAGAGCUGUUGCCAGAGAAUUUAAUGUUAAUUUCUCUACCAUGAGCCGCCUCCAACGUCAUUUUAGAGAAUUUGGCAGUAUGUCCAACCGGCCUCACAACCGCAGACCGCGUGUAUGGCGUCGUGUGGGCGAGUGGUUUGCUGAUGUCAACGUUGUGAACAGAGUUCCCCAUGGUGGCGGUGGGGUUAUGGUAUGGGCGGGCAUAAGCUACGGACAACGAACACAAUUGCAUUUUAUCAAUGGCAAUUUGAAUGCACAGAGAUACCGUGACGAGAUCCUGAGGCCCAUUGUCGUGCCGUUCAUCUGCCACCAUCACAUCAUGAUUCAGCAUGAUAAUGCACGGCCCCAUGUUGCAAGGAUCUGUACACAAUUCCUGGAAGCUGAAAAUGUCCCAGUUCUUCCAUGGCCUGCAUACUCACCAGACAUGUCAACCAUUGAGCAUGUUUGGAAUGCUUUGGGUGUUCCAGUUCCCGCCAAUAUCCAGCAACUUCACACAGCCAUUGAAGAGGAGUGGGACAAUAUUCCACAGGCCACAAUCAACAGCCUGAUCGAUUCUAUGCGAAGGAGAUUUGUCGCUCUGCAUGAGGCAAAUGGUGGUCACACCAGAUACUGACUGGUUUUCUGAUCCACGCCCCUACUUUUUUUUUUUUAAGGUAUCUCUCUGACCAACAGAUGCAUAUCUGAAUUCCCAGUCAUGUGAAAUCAGAUAUUUAUUUCAAUAGACUGAUUUCCGUAUAUGAACUGCAACUCAGUAAAAUCUUGUAAAUUGUUGAGUGUUGCGUUUUAUAUUUUUGUUCAGUAUACCGCAUCCCAUGGACAUUCCAUUCUAUCUCCAACUACUUAUUAAUGUAACAUUCCAACUGCUUAUUAAUGUAACAUUCAAUUCCAACUGCUUAUUCAUGUAGCAUUCCAUUCCACCGCUCCAAUCUCUGCCCUCUCUCUCUCAAUUGUAUCUGUCCGUCUCUCUCCCCUCCCUCUACAGCAGGUGGCGGUGCCCUCAUGCAUGGGCAUCGGUGGCAUGGUGAGUCCUGUGACGGGUUCAGAUGUGGGAAUCAGGAGGGCAGAGAUCCGGCCAGGCCUGCGUGAGAUCAUUCUCUGUAAGGACCAGGAUAAGAAGGUCGGCCUGAGGCUGAGAGCCAUUGACAAUGUGAGUCAUCAUGAUAGCCUUACUACCACCAGACUACAGAUUAGGGUUAUCUAUCUAUCCUCAGGCCAGUCUAUAUCUGGGGCGCAGGCACUUGUUCUAAAUCUGUCUAAGAAACUUAAACCCCCCCCCUCCUAAAGCAUAGCUGCAUAUCUAUUAAAUAAGCAGUCUAGCCUAUAUAAAUGUGCAUUGCAUUCGGAAAGUAUUCAGACCACUUGACUUUUUCCACAUUUUGUUAGGUUACAGCCUUAUUCUAAAAUGGAUUAAAUUGUUUUUUUUCCCCCUCAGCAAUCUACACACUAUACCCCAUAAUGACAAAGCAAAAACUGUUUUUUUGAAAUAUCACAUUUAAGUAUUCAAACCCUUCACUCAGUACUUUGUUGGAGCACCUUUGGCAGCGAUUACAGCCUUGAGUCUUCUUGGGUAUGACGCUACAAGCUUGGCACCUGUAUUUGGGGAGUUUCACCCAUUCUUCUCUGCAGAUCCUCUCAAGCUCUGUCAGGUUGGAUGGGGAGCGUCGCUGCACAGCUAUUUUCAGGUCUCUCUAGAGAUGUUAGAUCGGGUUCAAGUCCGGGCUCUGGCUGGGCCACUCAAGAACAUUCAGAGACUUGUCCCGAAGCCACUCCUGCGUUGUCUUGGCUGUGUGCUUAGGGUCGUUGUCCUGUUGGAAGGUGAACCUUCGCCCCAGUCUGAGGUCCUGAGCGCUGUGGAGCAGGUUUUCAUCAAGGAUCUCUCUGUACUUUGCUCCGUUCAUCUUUCCCUCGAUCCUGACUAGUCUCCCAGUCCCAGCCACUGAAAAACAUCCCUACAGCAUGUUGCUGCCAACACCAUGCUUCACCGUAGGUAUGGUGUCAGGUUUCCUCCAUACGUGACUCUUGGCAUUUAGGCCAAAGAGUUGAAUCUUGGAUUCAUCAGACCAGAGAAUUGUGUGCCUUGACACAAUUCCUUCGACCACAUGGCUUGGUUUUUGCUCUGACAUGCACUGUCAACUGUGGGACCUUAUAUAGACAGGUGUGUGCCUUUCCAAAUCAUGUCCAAUCAAUUGAAUUUACCACAGGUUGACUCCAAUCAAGUUGUAGAAACAUUUCAAGGAUGAUCAAUGGAAACAGAAUGCACCUGAGCUCAAUUUCGAGUCUCAUAGCAAAGGGUCUGAAUACUUAUGUAAAUAAGGUAUUUAUAUUUUUUAUUUGAAAAACGUUUGCUAACAUUUCUAAAAACCUAUUUUUGCUUUGUCAUUAUGAGGUAUUGUGUGUAGGAUGAUGAGGAACAUGUUUUAUUUAAUCCAUUUUAGAAUAAGGCUGUAACAUAACAAUGUGAGUAAAGGAAAGGGGUCUGAAUACUUCACGAAUGCAUUGUAUCUCAUUUCCACUGUGGACUUAAGAGGAAUAUCUGUUAUUCCAGCAGGGGAGACUAAGCACAGUGUGUUGAUAAUAACUCCAGUGGAACAUGUUGUAUUUCCUCUCCUCCUCAGGGCGUGUUUAUCCAGCUGGUUCAGGCCAACUCCCCGGCCGCCCUGGGGGGCCUGCGCUUCGGGGACCAAGUCCUCCAGAUCAAUGGGCAGAACUGUGCUGGCUGGAGCCUGGACAAGGCCCACAAAGUCCUGAAGGUCGCUGCCGAGACCCGCAUCGAGCUCAUCGUCCGGGACCGGUAAGGAGAUGAAGCAGCACGUAUUUCACUUAGAUGUAGACGGAGGGAAAGUGUCAGUAAUAUAUAUGCAUGUUAGUCUCUCCUGGCUCAAAGUUGAGGAGAGAUUGACUGCAUCACUAUUGGUCUUUGUGCGUGGUAUUGAUGUGUUGAAGGUACCAAACUGUCUGUUCAAGCAGUUGGCACACAGUUCGGACACUCAUCGGUACAACACAAGACAUGCAACCAGAGGUCUCUUCACAGUCCCCAGGUCCAGAACAGAGGCUGGGAAACGCACAGUAUUAACUACAUGGAACUCUCUGCCACCCUGGGUAACUCAAGCUAGCAAUAAAACCAGUUUCAAAAAACAGAUAAAAGAACACCUUACUGCACAAAGGGGACUGCGAAGAGACACAGCCAUUUUAUAUAUAUUGUAUUGUAAUUUCCACUGUACUACAGUACCAGUCAAAAGUUUGGACACACCUACUCAUUCAAGGGUUUUUCUUUAUUUUUACUAUUUUCUACAUUGUAGAAUAAUAGUGAAGACAUCAGAACUAUGAAAUAACACAUAUGGAAUCAUGUGGUAACCAAAACAUUGUUAAACAAAUCAAAAUAUAUUUUAUAUUUGAGGUUCUUCAAAGUAGCCACCCUUUGCCUUGAUGACAGCUUUGCACACUCUUGGCAUUCUCUCGACCAGCUUCAUGAGGAAUGCUUUUCCAACAGUCUUGAAGGAGUUCCCACAUGUGCUGAGCACUUGAUAGCUGCUUUUCCUUCACUCUGCGGUCCAACUCAUCCCAAACCAUCUUAAUUGGGUUGAGGUCGGUGAUUGUGGAGGCCAGGUCAUCUGAUGCAGCACUCCAUCACUCUCCUUGAUGAAAUAGCCCUUACACAUCCUGGAGGUCUGUUUUGGGUCAUUGUCCUAUUGAAAAACAAAUGAUAGUCCCACUAAGCGCAAACCAGAUGGGAUGUGGUAUCGCUGCAGAAUGCUGUGGUAGCCGUGCUGGUUAAGUGUGUCACCAGCAAAGCACCAUCACACCACCUCCUCCAUGCUUCACGGUGGGAACCAGACAUGCAGAGAUCAUCCGUUCACCUACUCUGCGUCUCACAAAGACACGGCGGUUUUGGACUCAUCAGACCAAAGGACAGAUUUCCACCGGUCUAAUGUCCAUUGCUUGUGUUUCUUGUCCCAAGCAAGUCUCUUCUUCUUAUUGGUGUCCUUUAGUGGUGGUUUCUUUGCAGCAAUUCGACCAUGAAGGACUGAUUCACGCAGUCUCCUCUGAACAGUUGAUGUUGAGAUGUCUGUUACUUGAACUCUGUAAGCAUUUAAAAAGCAUUUAUUUGGGCUGCAAUCUGAGGUGCAGUUCACUCUAAUGAACUUAUCCUCUGCAGCAGAGGUAACUCUGGGUCUUCAUUUCCUGUGGCGGUACUCAUGAGAGCCAGUUUCAUCAUAGCGCUUGAUGGUUUCUGUCAAAGUUCUUGACAUUUUCCGGAUUGACUGACCUUCAUGUCUUAAAGUAAUGAUGGACUGUCGUUUCUCUUUGCUUAUUUGAGCUGUUCUUGCCAUAAUAUGGACUUGGUCUUUUACCAAAUAGGGCUGUCUUCUGUAUACCACCCCUACCUUGUCACAAAACAACUGAUUGGCUCAAACACAUUAAGAAGGAAUGUGUGGAAUUUCUUUAACUUUUAAGAAGGUACACCUGUUAAUUGAAAUGCAUUCUAGGUGACUACCUCAUGAAGCUGGUUUAGAGAAUGCCAAGAGUGUGCAAAGCUGUCAUCAAGGCAAAGGGUGGCUACUUUGAAGAAUCUCAAAUCUAAAAUAUAUUUAGAUUUGUUUAACAAUUUUUUUGGUUACUACAUGAUUCCAUAUGUGUUAUUUCAUAGUUUUGAUGUCUUCACUAAAACCCUGGAAUGAGUAGGCGUCCAAACCUUUGACAGGUACUGUAUGUAUUAGACCUAGAUGUUGUGUGUAUGUACUGAUAUGUAGGCUAUGUGUGACGUUUUUAAAUGUAUGUAUUUCAGUCCUUGACUAAUAAUGUUCUGUACUAUGUCAUGUUUCAUGUGGACCCCAGGAAGAGUAGCUGACGCUUUUGCAGCGGCUAAUGGGGAUCCUAAUAAAUACCAAAUUAAUGUUUUAGUCAACAUUAUUUAAUCAAUCGAUCACAUUCAUUUUUUUAAGCUGUAUUUACAUCAGGAGUUGUCACAAAUUGCUUUACAGAUACCCAGCCUAAAACAAUGCAGAGACAGAGGCACAAUGGCUAGGAAAAACUCUCUAGAAAGCAGGAAUCUAGGAAUACAUCUAGAGAGGAACCAGUGUAGUCCAGUUUGAUCAGCUUUGUGUAGUUUCCUGGAUUAUGUCAUGAGGUUUUUAUGUUUAUCAGUAUGUCUGGCCAUUAGAGGGAAUGCUAAAAGAUGAGUAGAUGGAGUGUAAAAUGUCCUUAGUUGCUCUGUACUUUGAAAAUCUGACACACUGUAGCUCUGGCUCCUCCUGCUGGUCAUAUCACAACACUCGAUGUACUUUUUUUGCUGUUAGAUCAGAGGCUAAUUUGUAUGCAGUUUCUCAAAAUAUCAUUCUGAUCAAAGGACAUGGUCAAAAAAAGUCUAAAGCAGGAAAAUAAAAGAAUGGGCCUUAAUAGAAAAACAGCUUUAGGCCACUACCAACCCUAACCCAUUUUAGGGGAAGUGGACUGCACUACUACUAAGUGCCCUUCUUGAGUAUUGAGUACCUCAUUUGUCUUUGUUUGUGGUCUGACUUCAGGCCGUUCCAGCGUACUGUCACCAUGCACAAAGAUAGCUCAGGCCACGUUGGGUUUAUCUUCAAGUCGGGCAACAUCACUUCACUGGUCAAGGAUGGUUCGGCCGCUCGCAACGGCCUUCUGACCGACCACUACAUCUGUGAGAUCAACGGCCAGAAUGUUAUCGGCCUCAAGGUGAGCUUUGACUUAUUACUGUUGACGGAGACUUCUCCCUAACGAUGAAUGUGUCUAAUGUAUGCUAAUACUGUUUAUGUGCAGGACGCUCAGAUCAAGGACAUCCUGACCACCUCCCCUACAGCCAUGACCAUCACCAUCAUGCCCAAGUUCAUCUACGAACACAUGAUCAAGAGGUAACCAGUCAGGAGCGGAGUGUCUAAGGAAUAGCAUUACACUGUUUCAUCAGGUCAGCAAUGCUGGUAAAAUACUUAGUCAUUUAGAUUCAUAGAAUGUGUUUAAUGUUUUUAGAAUGUCCAGCGGUCUCCUGCGAUCAGCCAUGGACCACUCUGUGCCAGAGGUGUGAGGACCAGAACGUGACUACGUUCUCCUGCAGGAUGCCUACAAUCUCCAGAGUUCCCAUUGGCCCCUAAAUGUCCAAUGGGGUUCUUUCUCGCUUUUGAAAAACCUCUUGUAUCACAAUCACCUUCAUCGUAACAUAAAAGAUGCCUUUCUUUCUAUGUUUCAAAUAUUGUUAUUCCAUGUAGUUCCUUUUCUACUUCCAUCCCUUUGUCUAUAUUUACAUUUAGUAUUUUUAUAUGAUAAUUCUUGUAGUCAAGUAUUACAUUUAUGUAUGUGGCAUUGCAUUGAGUACACCUUUAUUUUAAAGACAUGAAUGCUACCAUGAGUCCAGAGCUUCCUCAUAAAGAGUAUGGUUCAUUGGCUCGUGACCUUUCACCUUUUGUGUCAAAAUGCUGUAAAAGCCAAUGACUUCCAUGGUUGUUGAUCAUAACCCUGUUCCCCUAUGCAGCUGGGGUAUUACGCUGGGCGGACCCACUAAGUGCACUUUUCACUUCCUGUUAGAGGUAGUCUUUCCUCUAACCAUUUGUGUUUUUGUUAUUGUUCAAGUGGAGUCAAAAUUAACUAGGAAAUAUGUCAAGUAUGUAGAAGUUAACUCUGGGAAUUGAUUUGUUUGAUGCACAAAGUAAUCAACAAAUAAUAUACACAUCUAGGGUUCAAUCAAUCAUUUCCUGUGUGGGUUCUAUUAUGUUUAGAAGAUAUUCUGUGAUGUGCACAGCGAGACUGAAAGCGUUUCUCUGAAUGUUCCUUUAUUGCUGUUCUUGUUUGGAUUAAUUUUUGUUUGUAACAUUUGAUAUUCACACAGCCAUCAUUCUGAAAAUGCUAGAAUCUAAAAGUUUAUAUACAAAAUGUAACCAAGAUAAUUGUAAAACAAAUAAAUAAU